AUUUCAAGCUUCAUCACUAUAAGUACACGCAGCCUCUUGCAAAUGCCAUCACAAAGCAAAAUGAAGCUUCUCUUUGCCACCCUACUGCUUUCUUCUCUUCUUCUAAGCUCCUCUUUCUUGGAGACAGCCACGGCGUACGAAGAAUCAUCUUAUUGCAGCAGCAAGUGUACGGAUAGGUGCUCUGCCGCAGGGGUUAAGGAUAGAUGUCUGAAGUACUGUGGAAUAUGCUGUUCGGAGUGCAAAUGCGUUCCUUCUGGAACCUAUGGGAACAAGCAUGAGUGCCCUUGCUACAGGGACAAGCUCAACAAGAAGGGGAAGCCCAAAUGCCCUUGAUUCCUUCAAACUCAUGGAGACAGAUUGUGUGUUGUGUACGUUAGUUGUUUACAAAUGUUUAAGUUUUGUGUUAAGUCUAAUCUGUUUAUCUGUUAUCUGUUAUCUGUUAUCUCUGUCAGCUCAUGUGUUGGAUUCUUGCAUAAUCCUAAACUUCAAGUUUCCAAUAUCUGUUGAUGUUAGAUCUAAAUCCGAAUAAAUUAGACAUUCUGCGUAAA